AUGUUAUUAGCAGGCAUUAUUUAUUCGUUACCAAACCUUGUCGUCUCAUUCCCGUGCUCGUUUUCUUAUUGCUCAUUUAUUAAGCAAGAUUUCAUUCUCAUAUGGCUCUCGACUCCAAAUUCAAUUGGUUUCCUUUCGUACCUUUUGUCCAACUUCGGUUUCUGUGUAUUCCGCAUAACUUUAUUUUUGAACGUGACAAUACUUCAGAAUUUUGUAUACAAUACUACACAGUAUCUUCCAUGGAUUUUGGCGUUCGUUGCGGUUUUUGAGAGUUCAUUCCAGGGAUGCAUGAAACGAUACAAUCGAUGGGACCUCAGAUAUACUUUUGACUGUUCGAAUUGCGAAGUUUGGUUCGGCAUAUCAUUCACCGAUGUCAAUUAUUACGUCGGUCGGAUCCUCCCAAUUGUAAUGAUGGUUCUUUAUGCAACUAUAACGGCAAUCUCUGGUGCACUAUUCUGCUCAAUAUUAUUGGUGCGAUUUCGAGGAAACUCGUCCCAGGAAACAUUGAAAUUCUUUCAGGGCUCAUAG